GGAACGGUUCACCAGCUCCGGAAUGCGGUUGCCCCGAAGAUCGGUUUUGUGCUAGAGAGUUACAUAUAUACCACCACCUGCAGGUGUUUGGCGCCAAGCUGCCCAUUUCGACUUUUUUUGCGGCGCAGAGAGACAAAUUGUUUAUCUUGUGUCAAGUGCUGUACGACGGCCACCCUUGGACUCCACUCCACUCCGGUCUGCCCAGCUCCCACUCGGCUCAACUUGACUCCCCGUUUUUGGAGCAGUGAAAGUUUGUUGUCGCCAUUGCCUCCGCUGAGCUCGACUCCCGGUGUCGUUUUGUGGCCUGGUGUCUGCGGAGUGCCAGUUGGAACCUUGUGGUAUUUUUGGGGGGAGCCCAAAAUCGGAUGACAUUAUCUCCCUGGGCUCUAGUACGGGCCGCAGGACGCGGCGAGACCGAAAUUAAAAGCGAAACAAGGCGCCGCACCUUUGGGCAUGCAUCUUUAAUCAGGCGCCAAUGAAUUUGCGCGCCGUGGAUCCGUGCGAAAUGUUUACGGCGUAUGAAUAAGCAAUGAAAUAAGCGCUCGCGGGCAUUUGUCAUUUGGCAAAGUGAAAAUUGAAGUGACUGUGAAAAUUGAGACAAAUGUGUGCCGCCAGCAUCAGCCAGGAUUAAGGUCUAGCCAAGUCGACUUGAGUUGAGUCGAGUUGAGUUGAGAAUCUGGGCAUAAUUUCGUCUUAACUAGUCAACCGCAACAAAAGCAACAAAGGAUGGAGGCUAAAGCUGGCUUAAGUGCGCUCGAGGAAAGGUCCCUGAAAGGUUCAGAGAAACUCAAAAUGCUGGACAUCACACGCGACAAGCCCGUGAAGGUGGCCGUCAAAGUGGCGGUGCCGGUGCGAGAUCACCCCAAGUUCAAUUUCGUGGGAAAGCUGCUGGGACCCAAGGGCAACUCGAUGAAGCGGCUGCAGGAGGACACAAUGUGCAAGAUGGCCGUGCUGGGACGCGGCUCGAUGCGGGACCGGCGGAAGGAGGAGGAGCUCCGCGCCAGCGGCGACAGUCGUUAUGCCCAUCUCUUCGAGGACCUGCACGUGGAGAUCUCGACCUUUGCCGCUCCGGCGGAGGCCCAUGCCCGGAUUGCCUAUGCGCUGGCGGAAGUGCGACGAUUCCUGGUUCCGGAUUACCAUGACGACAUCCGCCAGGAGCAAAUGUGGGAAAUGCAGGCUCUCACGUCCACGCCCACGCUGGGCGCUCAUUCCCUGGACGAUUCCCAGAGUCCCACCAUCAAUGCCAGUAAUCAGGGAGCGGGCGCCACCACCUCCUCCUCUAGCGGCUGCAGCGGGCGUGGUCUGGGCGGCGGACUGGCCGACAUGGACACGUCCAACGAUGACAAAUCGGACGUCGACGCCAGCGGCAUGGAGUGCCUGUCCACUGUCGACAAGCUCGAAUGCUCGCCCACUUGCGUUAGCCUGGGCAUAGCCGGCAUCACCAGCAUCAGCACCACCAGUUCCGAGCACCCGCAUUCGCACCAGCAUCCGCAUCACGCCCACCUGCACCCAGCCCAUGCCCAUGGUCACCACCAGCAGCCUCAGCAGGCCCAGCAGCAGCAGCAGGCACACCAUCACAAUCAGCAGCAUCACCACGGCGCUGGCCACCAGGCGCACUUCCACCAGCUGCUGCAGCAGGCCCAUGGCGGAGCCAGUGCAGCGGCGGCGGCAGCCUGCGGGGAGCAUCUCUCCGGACAGGCGACUCCGGCAACGGCGGCGGCAUUGCACACCACAGCCAUGGCAGUGGCACUGCAGCAUCAGCUGACAGCUGCUGGAAUCGGAGGACUCCUGAAGCCGGCCACCGGAGUGGGGGCCACCAUGGCCGGCCUGCCCACCAACCAGGCGAGUGCCAGUGCGUUGCAGUUGUCCGGCGAUGGGGAGGCAGCCGCAUCCGCGCUGACGCUUCUGGAGCCACCGGGUGCCGCCCUCCUGCAUCCUGCGCUGCGCAACGUCAAGACCAUCAACAUAGGUGGCGGCCUGGGCAGGAAGCGACCGCUGUUGGGGGUUCCCCGCUCCGGAAUGAAUCCCACCAAGCGGACGGUGAUGAGUCUGCUGGCCAGGGCCAAGAACUCGCAGGCUUUGCACUCGGUCCGCCAGCCGAUGGUCACCGCAGCCAGUUUCGCUGAACCCUUGCAGAUGCUGACCUCGCCGUUCAUCAUUCCGCACCAGGGCGUGGAGCAGCCGAUCCUGGCGCUGCCGAAGGAGAGCCUGGCCCAGGGCGUCUAACCCAGUGACCUGCUCCACCUGAGGCUGCCCAGAUAGACCAAUCUGACCGAUUACCACCUGCCCCGCCUAUGCCGGCUCUAAGGCCAGCAAUCUAACCCUUCAAGGAAAAGCGAAUCUCGAGGAGAUUACCAAGUUUUACUAGACGACGACGACACGUGUUUGUGUGUAGUUGAGGCGUACUUUCCACUUAGUAAGGCUAUAUACCGAUCUUUAGGGACUAACUGUGAACUUAUCCGAGCGAAAUCUCGAGCUCGUGCUACACGAUUUUAUUUUUUACAGAGAAUAAACGGAGCGUAUAUUUGCAAUGCGAUGUUUUAUUUCCACAGAUGCAAAAUAAAACAAAAAUUAAAGAAAAUCUAAGCAAAAAUUAAACACACAAACAAAAUGUUCGAUUUAAUGGAACAGAGUUUAAACUUUAAACAAAUUGAAACCUAAAAUUAGUGUCAAAUUAAAGAGAGCAACUUCAAUAGAAAUAAAUGUAAACGCAAUUACUUUAAACAAAUUACUUUAACUAAAUAUACACACAAAUACGAAUGCGAAUGCGAAUGCAGAAACCCAAGAACACGAGUACCAUUAAAGAUAUAUAUAUAUAUAUACAAUACAUACGAACACGUAUACAAGCAUAUACAGAUAUAUAUACAUAUAUAUGUAUAUAUGUGUGUGUACUUAAAUCUAUAUUAACUUAAGAUUAAACCAAACAAAACUACUAAAUUAAUGAGAUAAUACAAUAAUUUUAAAGUAUUUUAACAGCCACAAAAAAAGCAAAAAAACGAAGACAAAGUCGAAUAUCGGAAGUCGGAAAGAAACCCAAUACCUUAAACCUAGAACCUUAAAUCGAAAAUGAAUAAAAUUAGAGGGAUAUAUAGAGACAGUUGAGAUAGAUACCCCGAUCAGAGAGAUCCCACCGCCUUCAGCUUGCGUUGCCUGAUUGAUUAAUAAAUUGAUAGAUUGAUUAAUCCAAAGUUGAGUCCCCUCAGAUCCAGAGCCACAGCUGAUAGAUAUGAUAAUAGAUACAUAGUUCGGUUUCAGUUUUAGAACGGAAAGUUUCAGAACAUCGAAAGCAACAGCGAUCGCCUAGAGAGUUAUAUUUUUUGGUUCAGAUUCAGAUACAGAUUCAGAUUCAGAUUCAGAGUCAGAUUAUAUAUACACGCACCUAGGGAUAAUGUAUGGAUGGUAGGGAAGGGUCUUUGGUCUGAGUCUAGCUAGAAUCUCCAACUCACUGCGAAUAAAAAUGGAAUUGGAAUAGAGAUAAAUCUUCAAGCUAAGGAAUUUUGAUCCGAUCGACUACCAGUAGCUCCUCCCCCGACCCCUCCAGCAGCCAGUUGCUCCGAUUUCAGAUCGAGAGCUCACCUUAGCCCCCAGUUACUUCGUUGACUGUGCACAGCCCACAUAGUACAUACAUAGCGAUAACCGAUAUACAAUAAUAACAAGCAUUAUUCAGUAAAUGUUCACAGAAAGUUUAAUCAAAACCAAAAACAAAACAAAAAUAUUUACAAGAGUAAACGUAAAGUUAAAGUAAAAAUUAUUGAUGUUCAAAGAAUGCAAAUCCGUGAAAAGUCCUACUCAUUGUCAUUAAUUGUAGAUGUCAAAUAUGCGAAGCAAAUUAAAUAAUUAAACCCAGUCUUAAAUGUGACAAAAAUUUCAGCAAAAAAGCCACCAUAACCACACAAAAACCGCCAAACAC